AUGUCGGGAAGAAGCUUUCAGGGACUGAAGGAACAGGCUGAAUCUGCAGCAAAAGAUGCUGCAAACAGCCUGGGACAGGCCACUCAGGAUUCAGUCAACCAGAUUACAGAUGCAAGCCAGAAAGCUAUUGACAAGGCUGCCAAGAUGGCACAAGAUGGAGUAGAAAAAGCGACUGGACAAGCUGCAGAAGCAAUGUCUGGCUUUGGGAAAAAAUGUGGCUUUAAAAAAUGAUGCUAAUUUAAGUUAACAGUAUUGCAUGUAUAAAUCUCUCUUUGGUUUGCAAUUCCC